AUGAGCGUGCUAGCACCAGUGCGGAGGGACCGGAUCAUUGCGGAGCUGCCUCAGUGCUUUCACAAAGAGGCCGCCCUCCAUUCGCGCUCCAGCUUUCAUCCCCAAGUAAGCGGCGCCUGCCAGGAGCAGCGAACGGGGACAGUGGGGUUUAAGAUCUCCAAGAUCAUCGUGGUGGGAGACCUGUCAGUGGGCAAGACCUGCUUAAUCAACCGGUUCUGCAAGGACACAUUCGAUAAGAACUACAAGGCGACCAUUGGGGUGGACUUCGAGAUGGAGCGCUUUGAGGUGCUCGGCGUCCCCUUCAGCUUACAGCUGUGGGACACGGCCGGCCAGGAGAGGUUCAAGUGCAUCGCAUCCACCUACUACCGCGGAGCACAAGCGAUAGUGAUUGUGUUCGAUGUGAACGACGUGGCGUCUCUAGCGCACACCAGGCAGUGGCUGGCCGACGCCCUGAAGGAGAAUGACCCCUCCAACGUGAUCCUCUUCCUGGUGGGCUCGAAAAAGGAUCUGAGUCCGCCUGCACAGUACAGCCUCAUGGAGAGAGACGCCAUCAAGGUGGCCAAGGAGAUGCGGGCGGAGUACUGGGCUGUCUCCUCACUCACCGGGGAGAACGUGAGGGAGUUUUUUUUCCGCGUGGCCUCGCUGACCUUCGAAAGCAGCGUGCUGGCCGAGCUGGAGAAGAGCAGCGCCAGGAAGAUCGGGGACGUCGUGCGGAUUCACAGCACGGACAGCGACCUGUACCUGACGGCGCAGAGGAGGAAAUCCAAGUGCUGCCGCUGA